UAGAGAAUGGAAGCAAAUUUCACCAAAUUUUACACGGUAACAAACUGACAAACUUUGCAGAUGAACGAACACCCUUGUGUCCUUCCAGCAGGCGGCGCUGUGGUCAUGGACAAAACUGAAAACAGCGCCCUCUGCCAUCUGAAGCUAUCACACUGGGGUGAGAAGUUGUUCCUAUAGCAACUAGGUAACAAACUGGAAGGGGCAAAUCUUGUAAGAGUGUGUAGGUCGUCUGCAUACAAAUGUAGUUACUUCUAUGACUGCAGUAUCAAAAUAUCAAGGAACGCCGGCGGUUAGGUUGUUUUUAUAAUCGUUUUCGUGUUAGUGAGGUGUGCACCUCAAAGCGUGUAACUAACUGGUUGUCCAUCUUGACAAAACAAACUGCAGCUGGCUAGUAGUUAUCUCUCUAUCUAGCAUAGAUAUCUGGCCAGCAAAUCAUUUCUGUAAAUUAAGGUUAGUUACUCACACAGUAAAUUUAGCAUAUAUUAGAUUGUUUGGGAGGCUUGGUAGUAGUUUCAGAUUAUGGAAGUGCCGGGAUCCCAGAACCCUGUUCUGCAGCAGGUGAACCAGUUGUGGUCCAUGUUGGACGACAUGUCUCUGAACAGUCCAGAAAGUUAUCGGUCAUUUAUCGAAAAACAGCUGCGGGAAGGCGCGGAUGCCUGCUCGCCUCCUCAACCCGAGUCCUGCAUUCGAGUUGCGAUACUAGGCCCAAAGCAGGGCGUUCUGUACAUCAACGUGUGCAGCUGGAAGAGGGUUCCCGCUCCCAUCUCCCCGGAGCAGCCUGUGCCGGUGGGUGGAGGGAGACUUGACUAUCAGACUGAGGGGAAAGAGCAGUACAGUGUGCUGGAUGUGGCGUUUAACCCCGAGGUGCUCGAGCGAGCACGCCCUGAUCGUCAGGAGAGGGAACAGCUCCACCUGCUGGCCAUAAGCUUCGCCCAGCAGCAGCACGGCCUGCGCCUUUCCCAGCGCUUCAGUACCCUCAGCAGCACCAACCUCAAGGGCAGCGCACAGGCCAUGAAGGACCGCCUGGUGUCGCCACGGCAGCCCGAACAACCGGCACCGCCCAGCGCAGGUGAGACUGAGACUCCCUGA